UGGAGAUGACUCGGAACUGCGUGGGGGGUUGAAGCAGCGUACUGCUCGAAAAGGAAAUUUGUAUUUUGCUGUAUAUUUUGCUUCGAACUGUUUAUAAAUUCGUAAAUGAUCCAAAUGUUUCUAAAAUCUGUCCUCUGAAUCUAUGAUACGACCUCAAGUAGCUCGUGAGGUUAUCGAUAUGUGCAGAGUCUGUACUCAAGUACCUGCAGGAGAACCACAAGUCUUUCUUGGACCAGACAAAGCAUUCACUUAUGACCAUGUUUUUGAUACGGGCGUUGGACAAAGUACCAUAUACGAGGCUUGCGUUGCCCGUCUAGUUGAUGGUGCUCUAGAUGGUUAUAAUGCAACUGUUCUUGCCUAUGGUCAGACUGGCUCUGGUAAAACAUAUACUAUGGGCACAGGUUUUGAUGUUGAAAUAGAUGAUACUGUCAUCGGAAUUAUACCUAGAGCAAUUACCCAUUUGUAUAAUGGAAUAUUGGAAAAGCAAGAGCGGGCUAGGGAACGGGGACAAAUGCCACCAGAGUUCAAGGUGACAGCACAAUUCCUUGAAUUGUACAACGAAGAGCUCAAAGAUUUGUUGGAACCGGGUGGUCCAAGAGGAGGAGCCCGUAUUCACGAGGAUACAUCUGGUAGUAUUCAUUUGGCUGGUGUAGAGCCUAGAAAUAUAACUUCACCGGAAGAAGCUUUGGAGUGCCUCCGUCUUGGAGCUCUUUCUCGGACCACCGGUUCGACACAAAUGAACACACAGUCCUCGAGGUCACAUGCUAUCUUCACACUUCAUGUAAAACAGCAGCGUUGUGUUAAAGUUGAAGAUCCUGAUGCAGACGUAGACACUAGCGGUACCGAACCAGCUAGUGAAUUUGAAACACUAACUGCAAAGUUUCAUUUUGUGGAUUUGGCAGGUUCAGAAAGGCUGAAAAGAACAGGAGCAACUGGGGACAGAGCUAAAGAAGGAAUCUCUAUAAAUUGUGGUUUGCUGGCUCUAGGUAACGUAAUCUCAGCCCUUGGAGACAAAACAAAAAAAGUUCUACACGUUCCGUAUAGAGAUUCAAAACUGACUAGGCUUCUGCAGGAUUCAUUAGGUGGCAACAGUCAAACUGUCAUGAUUGCUUGUGUAUCACCAAGUGAUCGUGAUUUCAUGGAGACACUGAGUACGUUGAAAUAUGCCAACAGAGCCAGAAACAUCAAGAACAAAGUGACGAUCAAUCAAGACAAAAGCUCGCGAACUAUUACCUCCCUUCGUAGAGAAAUACAACAACUUCAAUUAGAAUUAAUGGAAUAUAGACAGGGCAAAAGAGUGGUCGGUGAAGAUGGCAUGAAUGAUGCAUGGCAUGAAAAUCAGAUGCUAACCAGUGAAUUGACUAGUCUUCGUACUAGAGUGAAGGCACUAUCCGAGACUGUAGAUGCUCUUACUGCCAAAAACGCUCUCCUCUUAGCAGAAAAGGCAACAGGCCAUUGGUUGUCUGCUGGAGAAAGUGGCAGUGAUGAUGUUACCAGUCUAGUUCAAGGCUAUCUACAAGAAAUUGAAGAACUGCGAGCACGUUUACUAGAAGCUGAGGCGAUGUAUCAGCAGCUCAAAAAAAGAAAGAAUCAGGUCAAUGCAGCAAACCCUUAUGGAGAAUCGUCCUAUGUGUUUCACAGCGAUUCUUCUUCUGUUCUUGUGGAAGCUAAGAAAGAAUUACAAAAAGAAAUCAGUACAUUGGCAAUACUAAAGGGACAACAUGGACCUAAUUCCAACACAAGCCCCAGAAUGGAUGGAGAAGACGGGGAACACGAGGAAAAUGAUAACGUUCAAGAAUCCAUGAGUGAAGAUGAGUCUGAGGAUGAUUCUGAUCGGAAAGAAGAAGAUGAAGAGGAGGAAGCGAUGGGCCGAGAAUUAGAGGCUCUGACAUCCGACAUAGAUGUCAAGCAGCGCUUGAUUCAGGAAUUAGAAUUAUCUCAAAGAAGGUUACAAUCGAUGAAACAACAUUAUGAAGAUAAACUGACUCAGUUACAAGCUCGCAUCAAAAAUACGACAGAGGAGAGAGACAAAGUUUUGUCCUCACUUCAGCAACAUCCUGCACCACCAACUGAAAAAGUGAAAAAAUUACGGGAUGAAUAUGAACGCAAGCUAUCUUCAAUGCAAAAAGAAGUACGCUUGCUUCAAUCAGCGAAAAAAGAGCACGCGAGAUUACUCCGUAGCCAAUCCCAGAGCGAAAAUCGGCUUAGAGGCUUAAGAAAUGAAUUAGCAGAGAUGAAGAGGGCAAAAGUCAAGUUACUCAACAAAAUGAGGGAAGAGGCACAUAGACAUAAAGAGAAUGAGUUGAGACGCAACAGGGAAAUAGCCCAGUUGCGUAAAGAGAGUAGGAAAAAUGCUAAUAUGAUUAGAACUUUAGAAGCAGAUAAAAAAAUGAAGGAAGUAGUCUUACGGCGAAAGCAGGAAGAAGUGACCGCUUUGAGGAAACGUGAUAGAGGAUUGAGUCAAAAGGCUGCUGGUAGAACUGAACCAAAAGAGAAGAGCCCCAAGGCUCUAAAACAAAGAUGGCAAACAUUUGAAAGAACCAUCAUAAAACAGGCUUUGGCAAAACAGGCUGCUGCUGAAACUGAACGAGAAAUGGAGAGACUGUUACAAGAGAGAGAAGAGUUAGGUAGAGAUUUAGAGAGGCUCCAAAAACGAAGGGCUCUUAAUGCUGCGACUAUUGGUGAUACGGGUGAUAUAGAUGAAGAAAUUGAUAACGUCAAAAGCAAAAUAAGCUACCUUCAAGAUAGCAUAGCUGAAUGUCAGCAUGAUAUGGUAGAAAUGGGAGAUGUUGAGGGCGAGGGCGAACCAGGUGCUGAGGCGUUGGUUUCUACAAUAAAAUCAGUGGACGAAGCACGUUAUUUAUUAGACAGAAUGCUAGCAUUCACUGUGGAACAAAGUUGUAUGGCUGCACAAAGGCAAUCGGAGGUCCGCGAUAUGAAAACUCGACUAAACCAAGUUGCCCAAGAAAGUGAUGUUCAACAUCAGCUACUUGAACAUGUCUUGAGGGAUAGAGAUCUCUUAUCUCUCACUAAUAACCAUCAGAAUAACCCGUCAGUCUACAGCUCUCCUAGUUCGAGGAGUUCGUCCCCUGAUAAUAAUGAUACCUAUACCCAAGUUAUUUCGGGAAGUGAAGAGAAACAACACAAAACCAACAAAGUAAGACGAAGGACAACACAACCUCAAGAACUGCUGUAUGGUGUAGGGAUGGGUUCAAAUGUGACAAAAGCAGAUGAGGAUCAAAACCAAAACCAUAAUCAUCCACUUACCAGAGUACCCAGUGCUCCUGGGAGCCUCAAAGGAUUGGUAUUGACCAGAAGCCAAUAUGCAGCUGGAGUUGUCGGAGGUUCGCCAACAUUGAACCGUCGUGACAGUACCUCACCAAGGCCUUUGCGACGACCCCUCCACCCCGGAGGUGGCUCCAUGGAACAGGUAGGGCUGACUGAUGUAUCAUCACCACCUGGUUCACCGACUGCAUAUCGACGGUUCAAUAGUCGAGAAGAAAAUGUAUUCUCUAGACUAACGGCCAGCAGGCAGCCAUUGCCUUCUGACCCUCAGCCGACGAAAGGAGUUAUCACCCAGUACCAAGGAAAGGCGCAGCCAAGAGCAGUUUUACAAUGUAGUCAUGUAGCUGAAGGGCACAGUAAAGCUGUUCUAACUAUUUGUGCCACUAAUGAUCGCCUGUUUAGUGGUUCUAAAGAUCGAACUGUCAAGGUUUGGGAUUUGGGAACAGGACUGGAAAGUAUGACUCUGAGUGGACAUCCAAAUAACGUUGUGGCAGUUAAAUUCUCUGUCGAGUACCGUCUACUCUUCAGUGUUUCGGCAGCAUAUGUAAAAGUAUGGGAUUUAAGAACGGGAAACUCUUGCAUCAAAACUUUAUUUUCAUCGGGUCAAGCUCAAAGUGGCCCUUUGGCUCUUUCGACACCCUCUCGGACUCUCCAACUCCCAGUUGGAGAAACAACUAUUAAUGAUGUCGCGCUUAGUUUGGAUGAGAAAGAAUUAUAUACCGCAACCAGCGACAAAGUUAGAAUAUGGGACUUGCGCAAGUUAACUUACACCGGUAGACUGAGCACGGCACACACCGCUGCUGUAAUGUGCUUGGCCGUUGCCGCCGAUGGAACGGUAAUCACGGGCAGCAAGGAUCACUUAAUCGCUCUAGUUGAACCAAAUGCAUCCGGACAAUCGGUCAGCCUUGCACCACCUCACUAUGAUGGCGUGCAGUGCUUAGCUACGUAUAGCUCCACAUUAUUCUCUGGGUCUCGGGAUAUGUGCAUUAAAAGAUGGGAUCUAAAGAAGAUGGAAUUAGUUCAGUCUUUGAACAAUGCACACAAAGAUUGGGUUCUGGGAUUAUGUACAGUGAAUCACGGCUCGAUUCUAGUUUCCGGAUGUCGUGGCGGUUCAUUGAGAGCAUGGUCAGUACCACGGGAUCAGUCCGCAGAAUGUAGCCUUUUGGGUGAGGUUCGGGCGCAUAGCUCUGCUAUCAAUGCAGUCGUUACAAAUCAGCAGCAUGUAUUUACAGCAAGCAACUCCGGAGAAGUGAAGAUGUGGAGAAUACCUGACUCUUCGCUUACUAUGUCUGUUUCCACAGUCUCACUCUAACUUAUUUCACUUAUCUGUGUUAUUCUUUUAUUUCUUCACAGCUCUUUUUUUUCGUGUAAUGACUCAUAAAUAUCAUUUUUUCAUCCUGCUGCAUAAUACAAAAUCAUUCGAGCACGGUAUUAUCGUUCAUCACAUCCGUAAGCUUCAUAUACUUGAUAUCUCGACUAGGCAGCUAUUUUUAGGCUAGAGCUUCGAGCGUGGUCAUUACUGGUGUAUUAUUCAAUUAUUGAAAACAAUUCUCUAUGAUGAUAAAUAACUUUUGAACUAUAAUUCAAGUAAUCAUUAAUCGAAAUUCAUAAAUCUUCUUCUCUUGUGAUACCGGAGACUUAUCGAAUCGUCAUCUUCAAUUCUAACUUGCAAGCGUUUAAGUUGUGGUAAAAUAUUUAUGCUCUAUUAUCAGAACGAGAAAAAAAGUAGGUGCCUCAUAUAUGAUACACCUCCCUGCAAAGAUCACUUCGUGCUGUUUGAAUCAUUCACUAUCAUAUCGAUCUUUUAUAAAACCAUCGUUAUUUUGCAUUUGUGAUUAUCUGUGUUGUUUACUUUUAAAUUUAAUGCUUUGCAUGGCUACCAAACGCGACAACGAACGUGAAGUGAUGGCACUGUGAAACUAUGGCACUACUACAAACGAGAUCUACGACAGCGAAGCAACUCAUUGAAGCGCUGAAGCAAAGCCGCUCUCCAAUUGUAGUUAGUAGUGAAUUAGUUUUGAAACAUGUGAUUGAUGGGACGUUACAAUUGUAAUUUGAUUCUAUGAUUAUCCAACUUGCCUAAAUCAGUAGUAAUCCAACUGAGAAAUAUCGAUUGAAUGAUGUAGAAUUGCAAUUAACAGCAGUAUUUUCCUAUCAAAUAUGUUCACUACUUUGGUUAAUUUGUUGAUAAUAAUAUAAGACACCAAAUGAAGGUAGUCUCGUUACCUAUUGUGCGUAAUGCUACUACAUAAUAAACAAAAUUAUACAUAGUAAAA